AUGGAAGAGUUGAGAAACGAAAAUAAACUAGAAAUAAAGGAUAAAAAUAAGAUUGUCAAGUUAAUAAAUGCUCAGGAUUAUUUAGAAGAAUAUUUAAGUGAAAAUUACCCAGGGGAGGAAAAAAAUGAAAUAACAGAAAUAUAUAUUUAUGAUAAAAAUCUAGAAGGUGAUUUAAGAAUAGAAAAUUUCCCUAAUUUAAAAACAUUAAAUUGUCAAAAUAAUUACCUUACUAACGUGGAAGUAAUCAACUGCCCCGAUAUUACUUAUUUUGAUGUUGGUAUUAAUUUACUUAAAAACUUCGAUUUUAGUAGUUUAAUUAGUCCUGAGAAGUUAAUUUUCUUAAAUGUUGGUAGUAAUGAUUUUGAAGAGAAAGACAUAGAUUUUUUGGAAAAGUUUAUUAACCUAGAAGAACUUUACUUGGAUAGUAUUGUGGAGUGGAAAGUAAAGCAAGGAAUUCGUAAUAGGUUUAGUGGGUCCUUGAGUCCAUUAGAGAAACUAGCCAAAUUAAAAAGAGUUAACAUAAGUAAUACUGACAUUUACUCUGGAUUAGAAUACUUAUCUGAUAGUAUCGAAUGGCUAGGUUGUGAUGCCAUCGAUGAUGAAUCUAAUGAAAAAAAUGAAGGCAAAAAAAGAGAAGAAGUGGAAGAAUUAAAUAUCAAUAGAAAAAGUUUGAAAGGACAUUUAGAUUUAACUGAUUUUGUGAAUUUAAAGGGGUUGCACUGUGCUGAAAAUGAACUUACAGAGAUUACUAUUUCUCCCCUAGCAAAGGAAAAAAUAAAAGUUUUGUUCUUGGAGAGAAAUAAUCAUUUAGGGGAGGGACUGCAUUUAAGUUAUUUCAGCGAAUUUAUUAACUUGGAAACGUUAAGAAUUACUGCUACUUCUUUUUCUGGUUCAUUAGAAUUUCUAAAAGAUUUGACUAAACUAAAAGAAUUAAGUAUUGGGAGUACUAAUAUUGAUUUUGGACUAGAAUUCUUACCAGAAAGUGUUGAGAACUUGGAUACUGAUAGUGAAUCUUAUCCCAAUCCUCUUAAUCCUAAUCCCCAGAUAAUUAAGAUCAGAGAACAACUUGCUCCUUGUGAUCUAAGAAAAUUAAAAAUUUUGGAUAUAAGUAACAUUGAUAUUGAGAAUGGCUUAGACUUUUUACCUGAAAAUGUAAAAGAAAUUUAUUGUUCUGACAAGGAGGGGUCAGAAAGUGGAAUGAGAACUUUCCUAAAGAGGGAACAAGUAAAUACUCAGGGUUCUUUAAAAUUAGAAGGAUUUGAUGGCUUAGAAGAGUUAAACUGUUAUGAUAAUUAUUUAACUGAUAUUGAUUUUGCUAAUAUAAAAAAUCCCGAGAAAUUGAAGAAAUUAUAUCUUUAUAACAAUAAUUUCUUAAAAAGUGAAUUAACGCUCUUUAAUAGGUUUAAAAAUUUAGAAGAGUUGGUUAUUACAAGUAAUUAUCUUAAUCAAAAUUAUAAGGAGGGUAUUGCUAAUCGUUUUAUGGGUUCUCUCAAUUUGUUGAAAGAUUUGACCAAAUUAAGAAGAUUAGAUAUUGAAAAUACUGAUAUCAGUGAAGGUCUAGAAUAUUUGCCAGAUAGUGUAGAAAAUUUUUAUUGUGAGGCUGGGGAUGAUUGA